GGCUCCGCCACUGGCAGCUCGUGUCUCUGUGGAAACUUGGAGCAUCCAACCGGUUGGAUGCUGGAUGGAUGAGCCUCGGUGUUCUGACUGAGCAGCAGACCUGCUGGUUCUGGUCGGGAUCCGAUUCUGGUCCCGGUUCCGGUCCUGGCUCUGGCUGUUUUGGCAGCAGACAAGCAGAGAUAGGCUCCUCCUCUCAGGGAGGAGGUCUCACUCUGAGUCAGACUCCGAGUCCAGCAGCAAAACUUUUUCCGCUUAGUUGCGACCCGGUUCGGUUCUGUUCUGUUCUGCGCCAUCAUGUCCGGAGUCGCCUCCACUCUAGCCAAGAAGCGGGCCCUGGCCGCGGGGUUCGGAACCAACUCCAACGCGGUUCGGUACCUGAACCAGAACUUCGAGGCCCUGCGCGCGCAGUGCCGCUCCUCCGGGCAGCUUUUCUGCGACCCCACCUUCCCGGCCGAACCCGAAUCUCUGGGCUUCAAGGAACUGGGUCGGAACUCCCACAAGACCCGCGGAGUCACCUGGAAGAGGCCCAAGGAGCUGGUCUCAAACCCGGAGUUCAUCGUGGGCGGUGCCACCAGAACCGACAUCUGUCAGGGAGCGCUGGGUGAUUGCUGGCUGCUGGCCGCCAUUGCCUCUCUGACCAUGAACGAGUUUGUGAUGGAGCGAGUCGUUCCCACAGACCAAGGGUUUGGAGACAACUAUGCAGGAAUCUUCCACUUCCAGUUCUGGCAGUUUGGGGAGUGGGUGGAUGUGGUGAUUGACGACAGGCUUCCGGUUAAAGACGGGGAGCUGCUGUUCGUCCACUCAGCGGAAGGCCGGGAGUUCUGGAGCGCCCUGCUGGAAAAGGCCUACGCCAAGGUGAAUGGCUGCUACGAAGCCCUGUCUGGUGGCUCCACCACCGAGGGCUUCGAGGACUUCACUGGAGGUAUCGCAGAGAACUAUGACCUCAACCGGCCACCAUCCAACAUGUUUCAGAUCAUCAAGAAGGCGCUGGAGGCCGGCGCUCUGCUGGGCUGCUCCAUCGACAUCACAAGUGCUGCAGACUCGGAGGCGGUGACUCGACAGAAGCUGGUGAAAGGCCACGCCUACUCGUUGACGGGGGCCGUGGAGGUGAACUACCGGGGGCGUCAGGAGAAGCUGGUUAGGAUGAGGAACCCCUGGGGUCAGGUGGAGUGGACCGGAGCGUGGAGCGAUGGGUCUUCUGAGUGGAACUACGUCGAGGGAGACUGUCCCCACGCCAGAUCAGAGGACGGAGAGUUCUGGAUGUCGUUCAGUGAUUUCCAGCGUAACUACUCCCGAAUCGAGGUGUGCACUCUGACUCCCGAUGCGAUAGACGACAACUCCGUCAAACACUGGAGCGUCAGCACGUUCGACGGCACCUGGAGGAGAGGCUCCACGGCUGGAGGAUGCCGGAACCACCCCUACACGUUCUGGACAAACCCUCAGUUUGUGAUCAAGCUGGAUGAGGAAGAUGAUGACCCUGAUGACGGUGAGGUGGGCUGCAGCUUUGUGGUCGGUCUGAUCCAGAAGAACCGCAGGAAGCUGCGCAAACAAGGCGAGGACAUGCACACCAUCGGCUUUGCCAUCUACGAGGUUCCCCCCCAGUUCCACGGACAGAGGGAGGUCCACCUGGACAAGAACUUCUUCCUGACCCACGCUCAGACGGCGAGGUCAGAAACCUUCAUCAACCUGCGGGAGGUGAGCUCCCGCUUCAAGAUGCCACCUGGAGAGUACCUGAUUGUCCCGUCCACCUUUGACCCGCACCAAGACGGGGACUUCUGCAUCCGAGUGUUCUCCGAGAAGCAGACUGAGACCGUGCCCUGUGACGACCCGGUCAGCGCCAACCUCAGUGAUGAGACGGUGUCGGACGGAGAGGUGGACUCCGGGUUCAGGAACCUGUUCACUAAACUCGCGGGAGCCGACAUGGAAAUCUCCGCCUACGAGCUCCGGACCAUCAUGAACAAGAUCGUAGCCAAACGAACUGACAUCAAAACAGACGGAUUCAGCGUAGAGACCUGCAAGGUCAUGGUCAACCUGAUGGACGACAGCGGGAACGGCAAGCUGGGCCUUGGAGAGUUCGCCACGCUGUGGAAGAAGGUGCAGACAUACCUGUCGAUCUACAAGCAGAACGACUCGGAUAACUCUGGAACCAUGAGCACUCCGGAGAUGAGGGUGGCCUUCAAGGACGCAGGUUUCUCCCUCAACAACACCAUCUACCAGCAGCUGGUGGCCCGGUACUCGGAACCGGACAUGACCAUCGACUUUGACAACUUCGUGGCGUGUCUGACGAGGCUGGAGAUGAUGUUCAGGAUCUUCAGGAAGCUGGACGCCCACCAGAGUGGCUCCAUCGAGCUGGACCUGAACCAGGUCCAUUUGGACCGGCGCCACACAGAACCUGUUAAACCUGGCUCGCUGGGCUUCAAGGAGCUGGGUCCGCUCAGCGCCAAGACCCGGGGCGUGGAGUGGCGCCGGCCCACGGAGCUGGCGGCGCAGCCGCGGUUCAUUGUGGGCGGAGCCACUAGGACCGACAUCUGCCAGGGGGCGCUGGCCGGGCCUGGUUCUGGACCCGGUCCGGUUCUGGACCCAGACCAGGCCCGGAACCUUGCUGGUUUGGUUUCCUGUGCUGAGGCGGAACCAACCGGAUUCCCAAGGAGGUCAGUUCGUAUCAUUUGUCUCACAUGUUCUGUUUCUGGGAACGACGUUGAUGCUCCGGGUCCGGUCACCCGGCAGGUCCGAGGUUCUGCAGGUGUCCACAUGAAGAAGGACUUCUUCCUGCGCCGCUCCUCCUGCGCUCGCUCCGACAGCUUCAUCAACCUGCGGGAGGUGAGCUCCAGGUUCCGCCUCCCGCCCGGAGAGUACCUGAUCGUCCCGUCUACGUUUGAACCCUCGAAGGAGGCAGACUUUGUCCUCCGGGUUUUCACUGAGAAACAGUCUGAGACCGAGGACCUGGACGACGUGUUGGUGGCCAACCUGGAUGAGGAGGAGGAAAUCUCUGAGCAGGACAUUGACGACUCCUUUAGGUCCUUGUUUGCUCAGCUGUCCGGAGACGACAUGGAGAUCUCAGUGCGGGAGCUCAGAACCGUCCUCAACAGGGUCGUCUCCAAACACAGAGACCUGCAGACGGACGGAUUCAGCAUGGAGUCCUGCCGGGCCAUGGUCAGCCUUAUGGACAAAGACGGCAGCGCUCGGCUCGGUCUGCUGGAGUUUCAGAUCCUUUGGAACAAGAUUAGGAAGUGGCUGGGGAUCUUCAGAGAGUUUGAUCUGGAUAAGUCCGGCUGCAUGAACUCUUAUGAGAUGCGUCUGGCGCUGGAAAACGGCGGGUUCAAACUGAACAACAAGCUGUAUCAGAUGCUGAUCGCUCGAUACGCCGACAAUGAGAUCAUCGACUUCGACAACUUCACCUGCUGCCUGGUCAAACUGGAGACCAUGUUCAGAAUCUUCCAGGGUCUGGACAGAGACGGGACUGGAACUGUGGAGAUGAACCUCAUGGAGUGGCUCUUUGUGACCAUGUGUGGCUGAAACCCAGAGCGCCCCCAAGAGGACGGAUGAGAGCAAAACACCCAGACAGAAGAUGCUGCUGCUCCACUGAGCUGCAAAAUGUCCACAAUAUUAGAGUUACUACUAUAAUCAUCAUCAUAUAAUAAUUAGGCUCCAGUGUGGAGUCUGACUUUAAUGUAUUUAUUCAUAUUUACCUGUUAAUUAUCAUAACCUUCACUAACAUGCAUGAAUCCACCAACUCAGUGUAACCUGAGAGGACUCACCUGGUCAGGUGAGGCGGCUCGUCCAUCAGCAGCCUCUCAUUGGUACUCAGAACUGGUUCUGGUUCUGGUUCUGGUGUUCAGUUGCAGUCAGAAGUCAUUCACUGUGAUCAGCUGCUUUCAUUUCAGAGGUUAUUUAACAAAUGAAGAAAGUUUCAUCCUCAAAUUGAGAACACAGAUUCAUUCAUUCAUUUCUUCUGACCUGCAGCUGGGCUCCACCGGGUCGUCCAACCCAGAACCGACCAACAGUCCUGAGCUCUGCCUCCCUCCUGCUGUACCAGUUUGACCUGACAGAGGGCGCUGUAGCUCCUCGGUAUUUAUGCCUGUGAGAACCUGCUCAGGGUUUAUUGAACCCACAGCUUUAAUAAAGUGGCGCAGAUCAGCUGA